GUUUAAAAGUUGUAUUUGUUGUCUCUCUCACAUGCAUCAUCCAGGGGCGCAAUCAAAUGUCAGACGAAACUCUGUGCUUGCAGAGCUGGAAUGACUUUAGUGCGUAGUAGUGUUAAGGCACUUGUUAAUAAUACACACGCAAUAAUGAAUAGAGUGAACUUCUCCACUGAGAAACUUGGUGAAAAGGGUUUAGCAAUUCUAGAGGAAUGCAACAAGAACUCUGUCAUCUUACAAGAAGCAGUCAAAUCAAUCAUUCCUCCACUAACUUACGAUAAACAUAAAGGACAAGAUGGCCGCUUAGCAACGAUUGGAGGAUGCCAAGAGUACACCGGAGCUCCAUAUUUCGCAGCCAUUUCAGCUCUUAAAAUUGGGUGUGAUCUAUCGCAUGUGUUCUGUACUAAGGAUGCUGCCCCUGUUAUCAAGUCCUACAGUCCAGAACUCAUAGUACAUCCAGUCUUAGAUAAAGAUGGAGGAGUUGAGGAGAUUAAUAACAACUGGUUACCUCGUAUGCAUUCACUAAUCAUUGGACCUGGACUGGGCAGGCACCCUAGGUUACUUGAAAAUACAGCUAUCGUUAUCAAAGAAGCAAAAGAGUUGAAUAUACCAUUAGUAAUAGAUGCUGAUGGAGUUUAUCUUCUAUCGCAAUCACCAGAGUUGAUACAUGGAUACACAAAGGCAAUACUUACUCCAAACAUUAUGGAAUUCAAACUUUUGUACAAAAAAGUUAUUGGUGAGGAGCCAGAUCUUGGAGCAGUAGUUGAUGGUACAAUGAGGCUAUGUCAAAAACUUGGCAAUGUCACCAUUGUCAACAAAGGGGCGUGUGACAUUAUUACCGAUGGUAAAAAAGUGUUGAUCAACUCAAUGGAAGGGAGCCCUCGGCGGUGUGGUGGUCAAGGAGAUUUGUUAUCAGGCAGCAUGGGGACAAUGACCUUUUGGGCACAUAAUUUCUACAAAAACAAAGAUUUAGAUGAUAAUGUAUACCAGUUCGGCGGGCCAACCAUGAUCGCGGCUUACGGAGCAUCACUGAUAACUCGUACAUGUGCCAAGUUAGCGUUCGCUAAAAGGCAUCGAAGCAUGACAACAACGGACAUGAUAGCAGAGAUAUUUGAUGCCUCCAAAAAUCUAUUUGAAUAAAUUGGUAUAAACAAAUUUGAUGAAUACAGUAUAUAUAGAAAUGAAUAUAUAAUUUUUCAGAUGAUUAUUUCUGGGUGCAGGGCUGCAGCAUUCUACUGCGUAUCUGUAUACUCCAUAGUGGAAACAAAUGUAUGGCAACUUACCCGAAACAGGUGGGUAGUUGGAUUUUGCUUGGGUGCUUUCCCUCCAAGUAUUAAUUGAUACCUGGUAGGAUGUUGUGGAAUUUUGUUUAAUAGUCUGGUCCAAAUAGGCAUAAUUCCCAGGGCAGGCGCGGAUCCAGUAGGGGGCACUAGGCUGGAGGGGAACCACAGUCAAUUGAUACUGUACAUGAAAAUAGGCCAUAACAAGCACACAGAUGUGUAAAUAUCUUAACAUGUACAUACAGUAUUUUGUACACUGAAUAAAAACAAUAUGGUACUAAA